CUCCACCCUCAUUCAUUACCAGGAAGUCAAACAGAACAAACUAAGAUUUCAUUACUGUGGUCUCCUCAAAUUAAUCUCUGCUAAGAGGAAGUGGUCACAGUGCUGUGCUGCAGCCACAGAAAAACACCAUGAUGGACCGAGCUUGUACAAGAAGAGACUACAGCAUCAUCUUUCUCUUUUUGGCUGUGGCUGUCUUCAUCCUUGUCCUACAUCACAUGGCACUGAAGAGCACCGUCCCGUUUCAACAUAAAGUUUCCAAUGAUCCCAACAUGCAUCACGGCCUCUGCACCUUCCAGCCACUGUCUCCUGAGGACACUGUGGAGGAACGCCUCCUUUUAGACUCCAUCAUUUGGCCUAAAACUCCAUUUUUGCCAGAUCCUCUUCUUGUGGAGCAGACCAGUGAUCCAGCUCACAGCACCUUCACCAUUCUCCCAAGGAGGGGAGGAGGACAGUGGCGUGUAGGGGAUCAGCUGGAGGUCAUGAUAAAAAUGUCAGAUUUCCAAGGCCGUCCCAAGAAGUUCGGGGGGGACUUUUUACUUGUGAGGCUGCACAACAUGGAUCUUGGUGCAGGUGUGGCUGGACAAGUGGUGGAUCAUCUCAAUGGGAGCUACUCUGCUGUGUUUUCUUUAAUCUGGGAAGGAGGAGCGCAGGUUGAGGUGACGCUGGUUCACCCUAGUGAAGCUAUCCCAGUGCUGGAAAGGCUGAACAGUGAACAACCUGACAGAGUUUCUUUCAAGAGCCUCUUCCGUUCAGGCUCACUCUCUGAAACUACCAUCUGUAAUGUGUGCCUACGUCCAACCCAGCCAAUGUGCAACUACACUGACCUCCGUACAGGCGAACCUUGGUUCUGCUACAAGCCAAAGAAUCUGAGCUGCAACACCAGGAUCAACCACGCCAGGGAAACAUUCACACACAAUAUCAAUUCCAACGAGGAGAAGCUUUUUCAGAGUGGUGUCAACUUAAAAGUCUACAUUCAGGCUUCAGGACCUGCCAGUGUCACAGUGUUACCAAAAGACGAAGGUCUACCAGAAGUGAAGAGCAACAAUGUCACAUCUGGUUCUUUGGGCUAUUACUACCAAGGUGUAUGGCGAGCACUAAAAGGCACCACAGUCCCCCAGUUCAACUCCUCCUCUGCCAUCACUCAGUGCCUAAAAGGCAAGGUGGUCCACAUGUAUGGAGACUCCACCAUCAGGCAGUGGUUUGAAUUCCUCAAUGCAACACUACCAGAUCUUAAGAAGUUUGAACUGCACAGCUUGCAGAAAGUUGGACCUUUCAUCUCCUUGGACUAUGCAAACAAAAUCAUGGUGACGUUCCGCUGCCAUGGUCCGCCUAUCCGUUCUUGGACAGUACCUACCAUGGAGAUGCAUUACAUUGCCAAUGAAAUAGAUGGCUUAAAAGGAGGCCCCAACACUGUUGUAGUUUUUGGAAUCUGGGCUCACUUUACCCCUUUCCCCAUUGAGGUCUACAUCCGGCGGCUGCAGAGCAUUCGUAGGGCGGUGGUCCGGCUGCUAGACAGGGCUCCGGGCACGCUGGUCGUCAUCCGCACAGGGAACCCAAGAGAUUUGUCACUUGAUGUGUCACUAGCCUUCAGUGACUGGUACUCGCUGCAGCAUUAUAAGGUGCUCAGGGCCAUGUUCAAAGGACUCAAUGUUCGUCUGGUUGAUGCAUGGGAGAUAGUUGCUGCCCACCACCUGCCACACAGCAUCCACCCACCAUCUCCCAUUAUUAAGAAUAUGAUUGAUGUUCUCUUGUCCUACAUAUGCCCUCAAAAGGGUGGUUAGAUGUGUGAAUGUAGGGCUGCACUGGAUCCGCCACAAAAUUUCAGCGGUGAGAGCAGCGUUUACGUCACAUUGACCACAUGGACCAUAAAAACACUAACAAGUCAAGAAAGAUUGGUUAAAAAAAACUGAUGAAUGUCAUUCAGACUUACAUUAAAUCCUUUUGUGCUAA